AUGACGAGAGAAUAUUUUCUAUCCCGUUCUCUUCUCCUGGGAUUCCUCUUGGUAUUCACUGGAGCCGAAGGACUUCACUUGAAGGGGCGGUACAGUGGACUUCAAGAGCGAACGUAUCAACCAGAGAAGGGCCCUAGUCAGCCAUCAUUGGAAAACUUUCUACGAUUGGUUUCACGGGAAAUCGAAAAACAAAAUGACAAGCAAACAUGGCGAAAUCUUAUAAUCCUUGGGGAACAGGAAGGAGAAUUUGAGACAAACGAUGACAAAACUGGAGAAGGUAACGAUGUCCUGAAUGAAAACGAUGAAGAUUUAGAAGACCAUUUCCCCGGGAACAAGAACGAUGAAAUCCCUGAACUGGAUGUCAGAUGAUUUAGAAACCAAGAUACUGAAA